AUGACCUUGAAAAAUCUUGUCACGCUUCUCCUAAUUGCUGUAGUGGCAAUUCCCCAAGCCAAAGCCCAACUUGGGGUUCUCAAUGAUCUCCUCGGCUCCAUUAAUAUUCAAGGAACUGUACUUUGCUCUUCCAAGGACAAUAUGGAUAUUAAUGGCUCUGCAAACCCAGCUUUUUCAAAUGCUCAAGUGCAACUACUGUGUGGGGGAAAGGUGUUUUCUAAUGCAAGAACUGAAGGUGAUGGAAUGUUUUCUAUUAUGAUGGAUCCUUUGGUAUACGAUCUGUCUUCACUGCUUAGUGGUUGUAACCUUGUGGUUGCUACACCACUCUCCAACUGCAACUCCAAGCUUCCUUCUGCUGGGGCUCUGGUUUCGACCCUGCGGUUUGUUGGGAUCAGUCUUCUUGGGACUCGCACUGUUGCCAACGUUAAUCCUUCAGGAUUUCAUUUCAUGCCCUCCACUUAA